UUGUCACCACUAAUUAUAUUCAUCUCCUCUUUCAGCUCUGACAAGGGUAACAGCACAGCUUAAACAUGGGAAAGGAAAAGGUCCACAUUAACAUCGUCGUCAUUGGACACGUCGACUCCGGCAAGUCAACAACCACAGGACAUCUCAUCUACAAAUGUGGUGGUAUCGACAAGCGUACUAUUGAGAAGUUUGAGAAGGAAGCCCAGGAGAUGGGAAAAGGUUCCUUCAAGUAUGCGUGGGUUUUGGACAAGCUGAAGGCAGAGCGUGAACGUGGUAUCACGAUCGAUAUUGCUCUGUGGAAGUUUGAGACUGCUAAAUACUACGUUACGAUCAUUGAUGCGCCCGGACACAGAGAUUUCAUUAAGAACAUGAUCACUGGUACGUCGCAGGCCGAUUGUGCGGUGCUGAUCGUUGCUGCCGGUACUGGAGAAUUCGAAGCUGGUAUUUCCAAGAGCGGACAAACCCGUGAGCAUGCGCUCCUUGCCUUCACUCUUGGUGUCAAGCAGCUCAUCGUAGGAGUCAACAAAAUGGACUCCACUGAACCACCCUUCUCUGAAAGUCGUUUCGAGGAAAUUAAGAAGGAAGUUUCUUCCUACAUCAAAAAGAUCGGUUACAAUCCAGCUGCUGUGGCAUUCGUACCAAUCUCUGGAUGGCAUGGAGACAACAUGCUUGAGCCAUCCAGCAAAAUGCCAUGGUUCAAAGGAUGGGCUGUUGAGCGCAAGGAAGGCAAGGCUGACGGCAAGUGCCUCAUCGAAGCUCUUGACGCCAUUCUGCCACCGAGCAGACCCACUGACAAGGCUCUCCGUCUUCCUCUUCAGGAUGUUUACAAGAUUGGUGGUAUUGGAACGGUACCAGUCGGUCGUGUUGAAACUGGUGUCCUUAAACCAGGUACUGUCGUCACCUUUGCCCCAGCUGGACUCACGACUGAAGUCAAGUCCGUCGAAAUGCACCACGAAGCUCUCCUUGAAGCCGUUCCCGGUGACAAUGUUGGUUUCAACGUAAAGAACGUCUCCGUUAAGGAACUCCGACGUGGAUACGUCGCUGGUGAUACAAAGAACAACCCACCCAAGGGAGCAGCUGACUUUACUGCUCAGGUCAUCGUACUGAACCACCCCGGUCAGAUCAGCAACGGAUACACGCCUGUGUUGGAUUGCCACACAGCUCACAUCGCUUGCAAGUUUGCAGAGAUUAAGGAGAAGGUUGACAGACGUACGGGUAAAACAACUGAGGAGAAUCCUAAGGCGAUCAAAUCUGGAGAUGCUGCUAUCGUCAACCUGGUUCCCAGCAAGCCAAUGUGCGUUGAGGCUUUCCAGGAAUUCCCACCUCUUGGACGUUUCGCAGUUCGUGACAUGCGUCAAACAGUUGCUGUUGGUGUCAUCAAGGCUGUCAACUUCAAGGAUGCCUCUGGCAAGGUUACCAAGGCCGCCGAGAAGGCACAGAAGAAGAAAUAACUAGCUACUACAGUCACGUGUGAUGCCUAUAAGAGGCAACAGCAGGUGGUGGCAGAAAAACCGCCUCCAAAUUAUACCUCCGUCUCUAAAAAUUCAAGACCCUUCAUAAUUGAGACGAAGAUGACGGUCGCCCCAUGCUUCUUUACCAGCCGAUUAUUUCUUCUAUCCAAAUGGCUGAUGCAGCACUGUUUUCACCGUAAGGAGUUUCGCAGGAAAAAACGCAACUGAUUUUAAAAACCCAACAACAUACACUAGUGGAGAAAAUCGAAGACCCAGCUAUUUCUAAUAAUAUAAACAAGGACAAGACAACUUCCGAACUACUGUAAUCUUAUUAUCUUAAAACUAUUAUUACACCUACACGUGUUUAUGUGAAUUGUUUCACAAAAACAUGAACAUCAUUCAUUUAGCUCGGCUUAAUUAUAUUUUCUAAUUAUUUACGAAAAUAAUAAAUCUUAUAUCUGCGAAACUCGUGAAAAAUA